AGCUGAGGCUCUGCACACAGAACUCAGCCCCGGCUCCCCAGGGGAAGGAGCUAUUCCAGACUUAACUAAGGAAUCAUCUCACAUGUUUCAACAAUCCCUACAGUUUCUCUGUUUGUUUUAAAGAUAUCACUGAGAUUUUGUUUCAUUUGCAACGGGAGACUAAAUGGCAGCAAGCAGAAUCUGCUGUUAGGUUAGAUUACAAGGGCACUCUGUGGGACCCAUAGACGAUGCAGGCACCAUCGCUGCUCUGUUAUUUCCUGCUGCUCUGGCUGUGCAGGGAUUUGUGCCCAGCUGAAGGCGGCACUGGCAGGAGGCAGAGGAGGAGGAUGCCCCCCAGGGGGCUGGGGGGGAGCCCCUGGGCAGGGCACAGGAGCCCCAGGGCGGCCGGGAUGGGGCCCAGGAUCCCGCUCAUCACCAUCGACGGCAGCGUCAUGGGCGUCUUUGACUCCCUGGUGGGGCUGGGGCAACACGAGAGCGCCUACAGUGUCUUACCAGGGAAGAAGGGGCAGUGCACAGCUAACGGGAUGAUCAUGUUUGACAAAGCCGUGUGGUCUCCCCAGCCCUGCGUCACCUGUCUGUGCUCCCAGGGAGAGGUGAUCUGUGACACAGCCAUGUGUCACCCUCUGAAAUGUCCCCAGACCAUCAUUCCUGCAGGAGAGUGCUGCCCAGUGUGUUCUGAGACUGUCUCCUCACUGGACUCCAGCAUAAUUUCACUGGAUGAUGUCAGUGAGUUGUCUGGUGACUCCCCAGACCCCAAGGACCUCGACACCACCAGUGUUCUGCCAUCAGCAGGAACUCAAAUGGAAAAGGAGGAGCUGCUUCCAACAAAAGUGAUAGAGGUUAGAGACAAGAAGGGUCACAAAAAAGGGGAGAAGAAAAGAAAAAGGAAAGGCAAAACGAAUCGCCAGAGGCACAAAGGGCGUCACAGAGAGAAGCUGCCUGUCCCCAGGACGGGAGCUGCAGGAGAUGUGCAGUAUGACAGUGAUGAAGAUGAUGGUGCUUUCAGAAUUCCAUCUCAUUUCCCAAUUCCUGUUCCACCCAUAGAAGCUCCUCCUUUGCCAUCUGGAUGUUCCACCUCGGACACCACAGUAAGCUGCAUUAAUGCCAAACUUACACAAAUACCUCCCAUCUCAGAUCCAGACCUAACGAGUUUAGACCUUACAGGAAAUACCAUCACUACUAUCUCAGAUGAAGCUUUCAAUGGGAUACCUAAUUUGGAAUGGAUUGAUCUGAGUAAAAAUAACAUUACCUCUCCUGGCAUAGGUCCCAAAGCAUUCAAAAUCCUGAAAAAGCUGAAACGUUUGUAUUUGGAUGGAAAUAUGCUGGCACUUAUUCCCUCUGAAUUGCCAUCAACUUUGGAAGAAAUAAAAAUAAAUGACAACCAACUUCAUGCCAUUGAUGAAGAUGGCUUAAAAGAUUUAAAGAACUUGGUCACCCUGGAAUUAGAAGGAAAUAAACUUAGUGAAGCAAAUGUCAGUCCCUUGGCCUUUUAUCCUUUGAAAAGUCUUUCUUAUUUGCGACUGGGAAGAAAUAAAUUUAGAAUUAUACCACAAGGUCUUCCUGCCACUCUUGAGGAGUUAUAUCUUGAACAUAACCAAAUUGAAGAAGUGUCAGAAAUUUGCUUUAACCACACCAGAAACAUCAACAUCAUUGGGCUAAAGCAUAACAAAUUAGAAGAGCACAGGAUAGCACCUUUGGCUUGGAUAAACCAAGAGAACUUGGAGUCAAUCGAUCUCUCUUAUAAUAAGUUGUAUCAUGUUCCCUCCUACCUGCCAAAAUCUUUACUCCAUCUGGUACUCAUAGGAAAUCAGAUUGAGAGAAUUCCAGGCUAUGUGUUUGGCCACAUGAGGCCUGGGCUGGAGUAUCUCUACCUGUCCUUUAACAAGCUCACUGAUGAUGGCAUUGACCCAGUGUCAUUUUUUGGAGCUUACCACUCCCUGAGGGAGCUCUUUUUGGAUCACAAUGAAUUGAAGGCUGUACCCUUUGGGAUUGAUGAAAUGAGAAAACUACGUUUUCUAAGACUGAACAAUAAUAAAAUAAGGACGGUGCCCCCAGAACGCAUCUGCAGGACUCAGAGCCACCACGAGGAUGAGCACGACCACAGUGAGGAGGAGCAUGAGGAUUCCCACCUGGAACAUGUUCACCUUGAAAACAACUACAUCAACACAAGGCAGCUCUCCCCACAUUCAUUUUCAUGCAUAAGAUCCUAUUGCAGCGUUGUUCUUAAACCACAGAAGACCAAAUAAACGCCCCAAUUCUGCAUUGCAACACCCAUCUCUAGAAAUGCAGUUUUAUUUAUUCUCUCUACUCACUGGUCUGCUUAUUUCUGAUUUAAACAUUUCCUACUACCAUAAAUAUGAUACUGUAUAUUAUCUACUGAAGUAAGGUACCAGUGUGUUUCUUCAUAUUGUUUCAUUAUAAAACCAUUAAAUGUAAAAAUUGAAGCUCAA